AUGGCGGUCCUAACAGCUCCUCCAAACAGCCUGCCAUACGUGGUGGCUUUAAACUGCAUGGAGGGCUGCCACGCGCAAGCCGAGGCGCUCGCGGACCUCUGUGUCCUCGAGAAUGUCGGGCUCAGCGAGGGCAUGCUCGACAAGCUGGAACGCGCUGACGUGGUGCUCGUUCAUUCGCUGCAUUACCUCCCGCGCGCAGCGCAGAGAAAGCUUUCCGCGUCGCAGCUGAUUCUGUGCCUCGGGUCGUCCGCCGACACGCGCCCCGUCGAGUCGUCGCUCGCGGAGGAGCUCGGCCUGCGAUUGGUCCACGUGGACGUGCCGCGCACGGACGAGGUCGCGGACAGCGUGAUGGCGCUAAUGCUCGGGCUGCUCCGUCGCACGCACGUUCUCGCGGCGCAGGUAGGGCGCGCCGAUGCGCACGCACAUGCGCUCACUGCUCUUCGUUCUACCUCUCCUUCGUUCUUUUCAUGCGCUCUUCUUCAUGCAACUCGCGUCUUUUCAUCCGGCAUACCCCACUUUUCGCCUCCCUGUUUUCGCACUUUCCCCUGCCCCCCCGCCCCCCCCGCCCCCCGCUCCGCUCUUCCCCACCUUCUUCCGCUCCCCGUUCCGCAGGGCUGCACGAGCGCGAGCUGGUUCGCGGGGUUCAAGGGCGCGUGGCAGGGCAUGCGGCGACUGCGCGGGAUGGUGCUGGGGCUCGUGGGCGCCAACGCUGCUGCGCGCGCCGUCGCGCGGAGAGCCGCCGUGUUCGGCAUGCGCGUCGUCUUUUGCGACCCCGAAGGGGAGCUGCAGCGCUCCCCGCGGGCGGGGGCGCUGAUGCGCGCGGUGGGGGCGGAGCGGAGCACAGUGGAGGCCGUUCUGGCGGCCAGCGACGUGGUGUCGCUCCACGUGGCGCUCACUGAUUCGACGCUCCACCUGAUCAACGACGACACCGCCAAGCAUUUCAAGAAAGGCGCCAUGCUGAUCAAUGCGAGCAGCUGUCAUCUGGUGAGCGACAGUGCCAUCAAGAGGGCACUCAACAGCGGCCGCUUGGGCAGCUGCGCGCUGGAUGGUGUGGAGGGCAACCAGUGGCUGGAGGCGUGGGUUCGGGAGUUCCCGAACGUCCUCAUCUUGCCUCGGAGCGCUGACUACAGCCAGGAGGUUUGGGAGGCGCUUCAGUCCAAGGCUGUGGCGGUGGUUCGGGCGUUCCUAACCUCUGGCAAGGUGCCCGAGGAGCUGGUGUUGGACGAUUCGUUCGGAGGGGUGGAGGGGGAGGAAGAGGAGGAGGAGGAGGAGGAGUCACAAUGGCAAGCACUACACGCUCUCUUCCCUGCUUCUGGUGGUGCUGGUGUUUCUGCUGCUCGUGCUGGUGGUUCUGGUGCUGGCGGUGCUGCGAAUGGUGAUGGUGGUGGUGGGACGGGGGGGAAGAAAGCUGGACGGGGUGGGGGAGGGCGAGCGGAGGAGGGAAGGAGGAGUGGGGGAGAUGGGAGCAAGAGUGCAUCUAGUGGGGGGAAGAAGCAAGGAGGGGAAAGAGGGGGAGGCACACAGACAGAUGCAUUAACAGCUUCUGUGGAGAAGCAUCUCCCGGACUGCCCCCUUCAAGACGGCAUGCUAGUCGCCCUACAGCCGCUCGCCUCCACCUCCUCCUCCGCCUCCUCCUCCUCGCUCUCCCUCCCAGCAGCCUUUGCAGCGGCCUUCCCCAAGGCACUCUUUGCUGCCAAGCGCCGCGACGGAGGGGCGUCGUGGCGAUUCGCGCCGGUGGAGGGCAUUUCCACGCAGCACCCGAGCGUGCAGUUCGUGAUUGUUUGUGAUAAGGAUCUGCUGGGGUGCAGAUCAGUCUUUGCAGGGGGCAAGUUCCUGCAGACAACAGAGGGUGGAGAGCUGCUGCUGGUGAACGAUGACUUGGAUCUGGCAGAGAGUUGGUGGAACUUCAGGUGCUCGUACACGUCUUGA